GGCUAUGAGCACAGUGGUAACUGUAUCGAGUGUGUCAGCAGUUAGCUUGGGAGCAUAAUACCGUCUUGCUUGUAUUAGGAAUAGCCACAAACGCAAAAGCUUCCUUUUAACAGCUGUUCUUGCACAAAUCUGUUUGUCGAAAUAAAAGGUUUCAUGUCUACGGCAGUUUAACUGAGUUGUUAUGGCAACGAAUCCACAUCCUGUGUGUUGUCAACUGAAACAAACAUAACGAUACAACCAGCUGCCUGUAGUUUGACCCAAUUAACCUGUCACAAAUUUUAACGCCACCGUAAAUUAUACAUCUGGUACUGCAAUCAUGGCCCAUUACAGAGCCUCUGAAUCGAAGCGGGAACAAUUUAGAAGAUAUCUGGAAAAAUCUGGCGUCAUUGACACUUUAACAAGCGUUUUAGUAGCACUUUAUGAGGAGACGGACAAACCGAACAAUGCCCUGGAUUUCAUAAAGCUUCACCUUGGUGCGGCUGGUCCAGAGCCGGCAGACACUGAGACUCUUCGCAUGGAGCUAGCUGAUCUACAGCAGAAGUACAGCCUGCUCAUGGAGGAGAACAAAGAGCUGAGAAACCGGCUGAUGCAGUAUGAACCAUCGCCUGAGGAGGGAGCCCAAGAGUAGAGCUGUUAGGUUUUGUCAUCGCAAAACGUAAAAGAAGCAGAAUUAAGCAAUGGCAUUUUUGUAGAGUAUGUAAAUGUUUAUUACAUGACAGUAGGUGUACACUGAACAGAAAAUCACUGUUAGUUUGUGCUGCACAACAAGAACCAUUUUUUGCAUGUUCAGAAUGAUUUCUUUUCAGUCAUUCCCUAGGUGUCCUAAAACUGAUCCUUUGUUUCCAACCAAAAGAUUGCAUCUCUGCUCAGCCAUUUAUCUGAAAUAAACAUAUAAAAAUGACUAAA